AUGAUUGUGCCGAAAAGGAUUCCGCCACAAGUGGUCCAGGAGACGUCCUGGUCCACAGUGGUUAAAAAGGGAAAGAAGGGGAAGAAGACUGCUACUCCGGCAGAAGUCACCGCCUCAGCCACACCGACAGUGUCCAAGGUGCUACAGGUGGUCAAACCUAAGCUGGCAGCACCUCGCACGGCUGCAAUAAUCGUCACAUUGAAGCCGGAGGCGCAGGAAAAGGGCGUGACUUACGCCCACAUCCUGGAGCGGGCCGAGCAAGGCGUUAAGCUCCAGGAUCUAGGGAUCUGCGGUGGACUCAAGGUCAGAAGGUCGGCAACGGGAGCCAGGGUCUUGGAACUCCCGAAGGCACAAACAGAGCAGGCGGAGAAGCUAGCCGUGAAGCUCCGCACUGUGCUGGAUGGAGUGGCCAACGUUGUGCGGCCUGUGAAGCGGGUGGACCUCAAGAUGACGGGUCUCGAUGACUCCGUCACAAAAGAGAAGGUGGUGGCCGCAGUAGCACGCGCAGGGGACUGCUCCCUAGAGGAGGUUAGCUGUAGGGAUAUGCAACGUGGUCCCGGUUAUAUGGGGAUGGUCCGGGUGACGUGCCCCAUUACAGCAGCGAAAAGGCUGUCCGAAGCUGGUCGCUUCCUGGUUGGGUGGAGCUCGGCCAAGGUAACGACAGUUCUCAAAGCGAAUAUGAUGAAGCUCUCUGAUGGCCUGUUCCUAGAAACCUCGCGUUGGCUCGCACAGGAGUAUCCAGAGAUUGAACACAACGACAUGAUUAUCGACAACUGUUGUAUGCAACUUGUUGCCAAACCUCAUCAGUUCGACGUGAUGCUCAUGACAAACUUGUAUGGUUCGAUCGUAUCGAACGUCGUGUGUGGCCUGUUCGGUGGCGCCGGCCUGCUCUCCGGCAGGAACUAUGGUGACCACUAUGCUGUGUUCGAGCCCGGCACCAGAAACACUGGCACAGCGAUAGCUGGCAAGAAUGUCGCGAACCCAAUAGCUAUGAUUAACGCUUCCAUCGAUAUGCUAGAACACCUCGGUCACCACUUCCAUGCUGACCUGAUAAGACGAGCUGUUAAUAAGACAAUCAACGUUGACAAGGUCCUCACCUCGGACGUGGGUGGUACAGCCUCAUCGACGGAAGUGGUCAACAACAUUAUGGGUAAUAUUGGACGUUGCUAAAUAUUUAAUUGGUAAUUAUCAUGAUAAUUUAUAUUACAUUUGGAUUUUAAGUUUUAUAAGGAAAUGCC